AUGGUAGAAAAAAUAUCUUCUUUUGGUAAUGAAGAAAACGAAGUUGAUAGAAUCAGUAUGUUACCAAAUGAACUAAUUCAUCACAUCAUGUCUUUCAGUGAUACAAAAUAUGGAGUACAAACUUGCGUUUUAUCGAAAAGAUGGAUUCAUAUUUGGAAAUCUCUACCUUUUCUCAACUUCGAUUGUUGUUAUUACCCGAGCGUAUAUGCACGGCCGGUUAAAUUUAACAAUUUUAUUAAUGGGGUAUUCAAGCUCCGCAAUGACUGUGACAUCCAAUGGUUUAGGUUGAGAUUCUAUAAAUUUAGUAGCAGUGCAACAGCAAGUGUUUCCAGAUGGGUCGAUACUGCCGUUGAGCAUAACGUUCAAGAAGUAACACUAAAAUUUCAUCAGGCAUAUAAUAGUGUUAUGACAUAUGAGAUUCCUCUUAGACUGCUUAACUGCAAAUCACUGAAAAAGUUGACACUAUUGUCUUACGGUUCAGAUGUACACAUUGUUCUUCCCAAUUCAAUGAGUUUACCACAGCUUAUGUUUAUGUGUCUUGGUGGAAUUGCACUGUCCAAUGCAGGGUUAUCGAAAAGGCUCUUUUCAAGCUGUCCACUUCUUGAAACUUUGAACUUAGUUAAUUGUGAUAUACAAACUGAUAAUCAAGGGAAUUUCACUGUUGAGUCUCUCGGUCUUAAGAAGUUUGAAUACACUUAUCAUCAUAGUAGUUGUGAUCCGAGAUAUCGUUAUCGGAGCAGCACUAGUAGUAGUUCUCGGCGACAUCAUCUUAAUCCUAAAAUGAUGAAGUUAUCUUCCCCUAAUCUCAUCAGCUUUACCGGUAACUAUGGAGAUAAAAACCAACAACUGUUCGCCGAGGAAAAAGAAGUGAAUGCUAUACAUAUGGUUAAACUUCUUGUGGCCGUUUAUAAGGUGGAACAACUCGACUUAUCACCUGGAUUCCUUGAGUCUAAAACAACUUCAAUGGUGUACAUCGGUACUCAUUAUCAGCAUUCAUUUCAUUGUUUGGAUAUAGGAAAAUUGUUAGACGCUGGAGAUGAUUGGGAGGUAGGAUUCUCAUUCCCAGGCAUGCUGUCUCAUCUCAGCACUGUCCGUAUUGAAGAAAUUGUAGGAUGUGAUGCGGAGCUCAAACUUUUGAGUUUUUUGUUGGAAAAUGCGAAGGUUUUAGAGGAAGUUACUCUUUACCCUAUUACUAACUCACUUCGGAGAGUAAGAAAUCAAUUUAUGAAGAAGUUAAGAGCACUUCCAAGAGCUUCUUCACGCAUCAAAAUGGGAAUGGACUUCACACACCUAGUAUUUUACAAUGGAGAGGUAACCUUGGAUGAUGUUCUGAGGAAACCACAAAGAGUGCCAGAGAGAAGCCUAUAUAAGUUUGUUAUCGGAGCUGAGACCCGUCUUGAACAAGCCCUCGCAUUGAUUGAUAUGCUUGCACUGGAAGAGCUUGUUGAGUUUAUGAGGUUCGCUAGGAUGAGGAAAAACAUUAUUUCAUCUGAGAGGGAUCACCACCAUGAGUUGGAAGGUAUGUUUGAAGAAAUGGCUGAAUGUAUAGCCAUGGAUGAUGCAGAAGCUGCUGCUCUUGAUGCUGCUGCUGCUAGUGGUGUUGCAGCUGCUCCAGAUGCUAGUGCUGGUGGUGGUGAUGUUGCUCCUGAUACUGUUGCUGCUGCAAAUGCUCCUGGUUCUCCUUAA